AUGGAGCCCUUUCAAGUGCGCCUUAAUUGCGUGGAUCAUUACCAAGCCGCCCCAUCCGAGUUUGAUCCUCCGUUUCCUUACAGGGAUCCAUCUACCGGAAAAUAUGAUAGACCCAAAGUGCCCGUAAUUAGGGUAUUCGGUGCUACAGAAACAGGCCAAAAAGUAUGCGUCCAUGUUCACGGCGCGUUUCCGUACCUGUAUGUCCCAUACGCCGGUGAUUUAACUCCAGAGGAAGUCCGCCGUGCUAUUAGGGAUCUGCACAUCGCAAUUGACCAUGCCUUGGCAUUAAGUUACAAUCGCAAUGCAUAUGACAAAAAGGCCGCCUUUGUUGCCCAUAUUACCUUAGUAAAGGGCGUCCCCUUCUAUGGCUAUUAUGUGGGCUAUCGUUUUUUCUUCAAGGUCUAUCUUCUUAGCCCUAUCUAUACGGCAAGACUAGCGGACCUAUUACUCCAAGGAGCUAUAUUGAAGCGGUCUUUACAGCCUUACGAAAGCCACUUACAAUACAUCCCGCAAUGGAUGUGUGACUAUAGUUUGUACGGCUGUGCGUAUAUGCAGUGUAGCAAAGUCAAGUUCCGAUCUCCAGUACCGGAGUAUCUCGAAUUGACCAACUUAUCGCAUCGCUGGCAUGAUCGAUCUAUACAACCAGAUAAUAUCUCGGAUGCGUCAGAACUUCCGAAGCAAAGUCACUGUCCCCUAGAAGUGGAUGUUUGUGUGCAGGAUAUCUUGAAUCGUCUCGAAGUCUGCGAGAGACCCAUACAUCAUGAUUUUACAGAGUUUCUGAAACCAGUCGACCAGAAUGAGAAACUUGUUACGAGCAUGGAAGGGCUGUGGAAGGAUGAGACGCGCAGGCGAAAGAAACGCCUAGGAGUAGCUGAUCCUGGAAGUAGCCCGUUUGGCCCCGAGGAGCUAGUUUCGCUAUCAGCAGCUACAAGGGAGCACUAUAGAGGAGAGUGGAUCCAUGAGGAGGAAUAUCGUCGGUUGACACUCCGUACAGUCGCCGAGGAAAGGCGUCAACAUGGUGAUGGGGACGUUAAUAUCGAUGAUUAUCUCGUACAGGACCCCCUCGGGAAAGAUGUCAAGACUGUUCUAGAGAGUGUUGAGGAUCUUUAUCCAGAUAACAAUAAGUUCCCGGAUUUACAAGCGCCUCAGGAUCUCGAAGUAAAUGAAUCAGCGAACGCAAGCGCUUAUACUAAUGAAAAUGUGGCCUUACCUGUAGCGUCUGAUAACGGCUCAUACUGUUCAGAUGACGAUGACAUUGCCGAUUUUUUCUCUGAAGAAGGUAACGAUGAGGAGGAAGGAGAUUGUUUUGGCGACCCUCUGGUAGAUGCGUUCUCUGAUCUACCAUUUGAGGAACACCAAGAGCCGAAUGCGCCCCUGGCUAGCACUUCUACCGAUUAUAAGCCGUUCUUUGACCGGACAGAAGGCCCAUCAAGCAGACAUCGCUUUAAUACCUAUACACAAGGUAGACCGGAACAUAUCAAUAGCCAGGCGAAGAUAAGAGAGGACAUACGGAGGGCAGAGAGAUCCCUCAAGCGCUCAGAGAGGGAAAUAAUUGAUCAUGCCCGAUUUAACAAGAGGCCGAAGUACGCCUCGAAAAGUCGUGUCCAAAGUUCGGAACAUAAUGAUGAAGAGUGGGAUCAACAUGAAGGUGUUCGAGCCGAUACUAGUAGUAAUGCCAACUUUAAGGAUAUGGCACGUAGCCAUGAACCAUUUGGCUCGCCUUCGCCUUCGCAGUCACAGUCUCUUACACAACCAAGGGGUCAUCUUAAAGGCAGCGGACUGAACAGCAGGCUUAGUUUUCCAGUCGUUAAGGAUCCAAACGACCCUAUGACGAUCUUGCGCUUCAGCCAGGAUGGUGGUUCUUUGAAGGCAACACAGGAGAUAGCGGAUUUAGCCGAACCCAGUAUAGACGCUUCGAAAGAUGCGAGCGAAGAUAAGAACUCGCUGCCAAUGCUAAUGUCAUCCACAGAAAGAAGGUCUAACGAAUCAAGCUAUUUUCUGUCAGAGAUGGCACCGAUGAUUUAUGAAACAUUCAACAUACCACAGAACACACGGAUAUGCUGUUUGCGGCUAACCUGCCCCAGUCCGAGCGAGGUGUCGUCUACCCUUGGCGAUUACGGCUAUCCGGCUGUUAUCUAUAACAAAGCCUAUUACAGUGACCAGGGUGAUGUGCCAGAUCGCCCACGGGACUAUGCAGGCAGGGAAUUCCGCUUACAAGGUAGUGGGAUACAUUAUCUCCCUGACUUUGUUCUUAGCGGGCGGUCAUCUGCGAUGCUUGGCGAACACACCGCGAUACUAAGAGAUAGACAAGAGCAAGAGCAAAUCGACCAACAUCUCAGGAAGCUUACUACCUCUAGAGUCUGGGAGUUCGCCCCCGUGCCGCCAAGCCGCUCCGAAGUUGUACAGUGGUUCGAGAGCAAACAACGGGAACCAAAGACUGAAACUGUGCAGCCAGAGAGGCAUUCACACGAACCGAACACCAAGCUUAACUUCCUCUCACAGAUCGAGGGCCCAACACAAAAUAACGAGUAUGGAUUUAAGUACUCACAGAAAGGAAGGUCUACUAGUGUCGAGCAUCAGACCCAGUAUAUGAGCAUAAUGAGCUUAGAAGUUCAUGUUAAUACGCGUGGUGUACUUGCCCCAAACCCAGAAGAGGAUGAGAUAUCUUGCAUCUUCUGGUGUAUACAGUCAGAUGACGAGGAUCUCGAUGCUAAUAGUCACCUUUCGGGUGUCCGUGUUGGAAUGGUCUUUCAGGGUGAAGAUGACAAACCCGAAGAAAAGCUUUCUAAGGCUUUGAGAGUCGACCUGGAACAUGAGCCAACAGAGCUGGACUUGAUAAACAGACUAGUGGAUCUUGUCAGGCUGUAUGACCCAGAUAUAAUCACCGGGUAUGAAGUUCACAACGGUUCUUGGGGAUAUGUGAUCGAGAGAGCUAGAAAGAAGUAUGAUUUUGACAUAUGUGAUGAGCUAUCGAGAGUGAAGUCUCAAGCACAUGGCAGGUUUGGUAAGGAUGCUGACCGAUGGGGAUUCAACCACACAUCUUCUAUUCGGGUGAGCGGACGGCAUAUGAUCAAUAUCUGGCGCGCUAUGAGGAGCGAACUGAACUUGCUCCAAUAUAGCAUGGAGAACGUCGUAUUUCAUCUAUUACAUCGACGAAUACCUCAUUACUCGUUUCGUGAUCUCACUGAAUGGUACCAAAGUGGAAAGCCUCGCGAUCUCAUGAAAGUCGUCGACUAUUUCGUUUCUCGAGUGCAAAUGAAUCUUGAGAUCCUAGAAUCAAACGAGCUAGUACCGAGAAUCAGUGAACAGGCGCGACUAUUAGGCAUCGACUUCUACUCGGUAUUUUCUCGAGGUUCUCAAUUCAAAGUCGAGUCCUUGAUGUUCCGAAUCGCAAAGCCCGAGAACUUCCUACUUGUAUCGCCGAGCAAGAAACAAGUCGGCCAGCAAAAUGCUCUUGAAUGCCUCCCAUUGGUAAUGGAACCCCAAAGUGACUUCUAUACCAGUCCUCUUCUAGUCUUAGACUUCCAGUCACUAUACCCCAGCAUCAUGAUUGCCUAUAACUACUGCUACUCGACCUUCCUGGGACGAGUACAUCAAUGGAGAGGUCGAGACAAAAUGGGAUUCACUGAAUACCAGAGACAACCACGACUGCUAGAACUAUUAAAGGAUAAGAUCAACAUCGCACCAAACGGUAUGAUGUACGCGAAGCAUGAAGUACGCAAAUCGCUGCUCGCAAGGAUGCUCGCCGAGAUCCUGGAGACUCGAGUCAUGGUCAAAACCGGAAUGAAGAUGGACAAGGAUGACAAGGCGCUACAACGUCUUCUCAAUAACAGACAACUCGCCCUCAAACUAAUAGCGAACGUCACAUACGGCUACACAUCAGCGUCAUUCUCAGGGCGAAUGCCCUGUUCCGAGAUAGCCGACAGCAUCGUCCAAUCGGGACGAGAAACACUAGAAAAAGCCAUUGCCCUGAUCCAUUCUGUGGAGCGCUGGGGUGCCGAGGUCGUAUAUGGAGACACAGACAGUCUCUUCGUCUACCUCAAGGGACGCACUCGUGAUGAAGCUUUCGAUAUCGGCGAAGAAAUCGCCAAAGCCGUAACAGAAACGAACCCAUCGCCAGUAAAACUUAAAUUCGAAAAGGUCUACCACCCAUGCGUCCUUCUCGCCAAGAAACGCUACGUCGGCUUCAAGUACGAACACAGAGACCAGAAAGAACCCGAGUUCGACGCGAAGGGCAUCGAAACAGUCCGACGAGACGGCACACCAGCUGAACAAAAGAUUGAAGAAAAGGCACUGAAGCUCCUUUUCCGCACUGCAGAUCUAAGUCAAGUGAAACGCUACUUCCAGAAACAGUGUACGAAGAUCCUCCAGGGACGAGUCUCCAUUCAAGACUUCUGCUUCGCUAGAGAGGUAAAGCUAGGCACGUACAACGAGCGAGGCCUCCCCCCUCCGGGCGCCUUAAUCAGCACUAAAAAAAUGCUCGAAGAUCCUCGUCUAGAACCCCAGUAUGGAGAACGAGUGCCUUACGUCGUCGUAGCCGGUGCCCCGGGCUCAAGAUUAAUCGACCGCUGCGUACCACCAGAGACAGUCCUACAUGAUGCACAGCUAGAACUCGAUGCUGAAUAUUACAUCACAAAAAACAUAAUCCCACCUCUAGAACGAAUAUUCAACCUCGUGGGCGCCAAUGUCCGUCAAUGGUAUGAUGAAAUGCCCAAAGUGCAACGCAUUCGCCGAGUAGAAGGAACAGUAACUUCUACCGGCAAGGACGCCAGAAAGACUACUCUUGAAUCGUAUAUGAAGUCUUCUACCUGUAUCGUCUGCAAAGCCAAGCUGGAAGAUUCUGAUGUUCCGGUCUGUGCUGAGUGCAUGCGACAGCCGCAUAUCUCUCUGCUCGACUUGGUUACUCGCCAACGACAUGUGGAAAAGAGUGUCUCUGAUCUGCUGCGUGUUUGCCGGUCUUGUAUGGGUGUUCCGUUUGGCGAUGAGGUGAAGUGUGAUAGCAAGGACUGUCCUGUUUUCUAUUCGAGGACUAGAUAUGUGGCAAAUUGGAGGCAUACUAAGGCCGUUUUAAACCCCGUGAUCAAGUUAUUGCAGGAUAAGAGUGAGAGCGAGUUGGAAUGGUAG